ACUGUUACCAUGAGCUUCUUCAUCCCACAGACACCUACUUAUCUAGACUAUUUCACUUUUGCGACCAGCUUUCAUAAAGCUUGAAGCCCUGAACGACACCUCCUGACCACAGAAUGCAUGGGGGAAAAAGAGGUUUGGUGGCACCUCAGAACACUUUUUUGGAGAACAUUGUCCGGCGCUCAAGUGAAACAAGUUUCCUGUUGGGGAAUGCCCAGAUAGUGGAAUGGCCAGUAGUAUACAGUAAUGACGGGUUUUGUAAGCUGUCGGGGUACCACAGGGCAGAAGUCAUGCAAAAGAGCAGUACAUGCAGUUUCAUGUAUGGGGACCUGACAGACAAGAACACAAUAGAUGAAGUCAGGCAGACCUUUGAUAACUAUGAAUCACAUUGCUUUGAAGUGCUGCUCUAUAAGAAGAACAGGACACCCAUAUGGCUGUACAUGCAGGUGGCUCCCAUCAGGAAUGAGAACGACAAGGUGGUUCUGUUCCUGUGUACCUUCAAAGACAUAACUGUCUUCAAGCAGCCUAUUGAGGACGAAUCCACCAAGGGAUGGAACAAGUUUGCCCGGCUGACGCGGGCACUGACCAGCAACAGCCGCAGCAACAUGCAGCAGCUGACGCCCAUGAACCAAGUCAACGAGGUCAGCCACAAACACUCCAGACUGGCUGAGGCUCUCCAGCUCGGCUCGGACAUUCUCCCCCAGUACAAGCAGGAGGCGCCCAAGACGCCACCCCACAUCAUCCUCCAUUACUGCACCUUUAAGACCACCUGGGACUGGGUCAUCCUCAUCCUCACCUUCUACACAGCCAUCAUGGUGCCCUACAAUGUCUCUUUCAAGACCAAGCAGAACAAUUUGGCCUGGCUCGUGCUGGACAGCGUGGUAGAUGUCAUCUUCCUUGUGGACAUUGUGCUCAACUUCCACACCACCUUCGUUGGGCCUGGUGGAGAGGUCAUUUCGGACCCAAAGCUGAUUCGAAUGAACUACCUGAAGACCUGGUUCGUCAUUGACCUGCUGUCCUGCCUGCCCUACGACAUCAUCAAUGCCUUUGAAAACGUAAAUGAGGGCCUCAGCAGCCUCUUCAGCUCACUCAAGGUGGUCCGACUUCUCCGCUUGGGCCGCGUGGCCCGGAAGCUUGACCAUUACCUGGAGUACGGGGCGGCGGUCUUGGUUCUACUGGUGUGCGUAUUCGGCCUGGUGGCCCACUGGCUGGCCUGCAUCUGGUACAGCAUUGGGGACUACGAGGUCAUUGACGAAGUCACCAACACAAUCAAGACAGACAGCUGGCUCUACCAGUUGGCCACGAGCAUUGGCUCACCCUACCGCUACAACGCCAGCGGCUCUGGCCAGUGGGAGGGCGGCCCAAGCAAGGACACUCUCUACAUCUCCUCUCUCUACUUCACCAUGACCAGUCUCACCACCAUCGGCUUUGGCAACAUCGCUCCCACAACAGACGGCGAGAAGAUCUUCUCUGUGGCGAUGAUGAUGGUGGGCUCCUUACUGUAUGCCACCAUUUUUGGGAACGUCACCACCAUCUUCCAGCAGAUGUACACCAACACUAACCGCUACCACGAGAUGCUCAACAAUGUGCGUGACUUUCUCAAACUUUACCAGGUGCCAAAGGGGCUGAGCGAGAGGGUCAUGGAUUACAUCGUCUCUACUUGGGCCAUGUCCAAGGGCAUUGACACAGAUAGGGUCCUGUCAAUCUGUCCCAAAGAUAUGCGAGCAGACAUCUGUGUCCACCUUAAUAGACAGGUGUUCAAUGAGCACCCAGCAUUUCGACUGGCCAGUGAUGGCUGCUUGCGCUCUCUAGCGGUUGAGUUCCAAACCACACACUGCGCCCCAGGGGACCUCAUAUUCCAUGCUGGCGAAAGUGUGGACACCCUUUGCUUUGUAGUAUCCGGGUCAUUGGAAGUUAUUCAGGACGACGAGGUCAUCGCCAUUCUAGGUAAGGGAGAUGUGUUUGGGGAUGUCUUCUGGAAGGAAGCCAAUCUGGCACAUGCUUGUGCCAAUGUGCGGGCUCUCACUUACUGCGACUUGCACGUAAUUCGGAGAGAUGCUCUGCUGAAGGUGUUGGAGUUCUACACUGCUUUUGCCAACACAUUCUCCCGCAACCUAAUUCUCAGCUGCAAUUUGCGCAAACGGAUAAUCUUCCGAAAGAUUGCCGAUGUGAAGAAGGAGGAGGAAGAGCGCCGGCAGCAGAAGAAUGAAGUAAUGCUCUCCAUUCCUGUUGACCACCCGGUUCGCAAGCUCUUCCAGAAGUUCAAGCAGCAGAAAGAGAUUCGCAUGCCAAUCCAAGCUCAGCCUGACCUGGAGCGUAACCGGCUUCAGGUUGAGCACCACCACCCCCUUACCAAUCUCCCACACCAACAGUGUCAGACUCACCCCUUGCAGCACCAAAAUGGCUCACCGAUGCAGAAUGGGGCACCUGGCACAGGUGGAGGGACUACCAGCGGUGGCUCCAGUGUAGUUACUGUCUCCCAGAUCACCCCGUUGCAGAGUUCACUGGCCUAUGUCCACACUGGGGAGCCCAUUCACACUGGUUGUCACGAGGUCAAGGAGCUGAAGCCCAGUGUGGUGGACCAGAACUGCCUGAGGGUCACCAGUCUGGUACGGCCCAGGGGUGGAGGUGGUGGUCAAGGCUGGAUGCGGUUUAAGAAUGCUACUACAGCGGCAGUGCCCCUGGCCCCUGAUGAACCUGAAGGGCCACAGCAGAAAGAAGAGGAGGAAUGGGGUGACGUGUCCCAAUCCUCAGAACAGUUGACUGAGGACAGCAAGAGCCAGGAGGCAGAAGGUGGGGAGAUCAGCAGCGGGGGUGGCGCCAGCAGCACAGGAGAGGGGGGCGACGAGAAGAGCGCACUCCACAAGACAGACUCCUGCGACAGUGGCAUUACCAAGAGUGAUCUUCGGAUCGACAGGGCAGGGGACGCACCAAGCCCCUAUGAGCGGAGUCCAAUGGGGAGAAGUCCUUUUGAACACAGCCUCAGGGUUGGGAGUGUGGGCGUGCUUGGCCACCCCUUCCAACCCAUGUCUGAACAGGUGCUGCUCCAGUCCACUCUCCAGGAGGCCAAGCUGGAGCUGAAGGGAGAUAUCCAGAUGCUGAGUGGCCGUUUAGCAACACUUGAAGCCCAAGUUAGUGAGAUCCUGAGAUUGCUGUCUGAGAAGAGGAGGCUCUCACUGCCGCAGACCUCUACCCCCAAGGCUAAGAUCAAAUGCCAGGACAUCUUCACCGUGUCAAGACCUGUCACACCGGACAUUGAGAGAGACGAUGGACCUUUUUGAAUUACAAAAAAACAUUGAUGUAUUUAUUUGCCUUUGACUUCCGUGCCCAAUCUUUUUAUUUAAUGGACAAAAUGAGGUAACUGGACACAGAAUUUAGGUGGGAAAUAGUUUUAGUGUAAAUAACCAUUUGCAUGUCCAGCUGGAUUCUGGCCUGCCAAAGACAUUUUCAAGAAACCUUUGGAUUGCAAUUGCUUGUACAUUUAUGCAGUUGACUGCAUGCAUAAAUGAUUUUAAGAUACAGAUUUUUCACUGUACAGUACCUUCAGUACAGUAGCACAGGGAUUUAACAAUUUUUGACUUUGUUGAUGUACUUUCAUGUUGUCUGCUCUUCCCAGGUCCAGUCUAUAGACCUUCUAUACCGAGCACAAACAGCUAAGCAGUAAAGCGAUUUGUAAGAGCUUGGGUCACAUAAACAAAUACAUUACCGGAAAAAAACUGGA